AUAGUCCUGCCACCACAGCUGGAAAAAAUCCUAGAGGAAACACUGACCUACCCUGCCUUUAAUGGAACAUUUGUUAUCUGUUAGAUCAUAAUAGAAGUGUACAGGGAAGAUGUCAGAAUUUGAAAUGAGGAAGAGGAAGAGGAAGAGAUCUUCAUCUCCAGAACCCAGCUGUGUGUCUCUGAAGAGCAGUCAAUCCAUAAAUCCUCCUCUUGAAUUCAGUGAUGAACCAGUGACCUCUGACCCCAGUGUGGAUCAUGGAGGAGAGAGCAGGAUGAGAGCAGGACUACAAAAGUAUGCCUGUGAUCUCACACUGGAUCCAAACACAGCAAACACUCGACUCAUUCUGUCUGAUGAGAACAGGAAGAUCACAAGUGUGGAAGAUCUUCAGCCGUAUCCUGAUCAUCCAGAGAGAUUUGAAUAUGCUCCUCAGGUUCUGUGUGUUGAGAGUCUGACUGGACGCUGUUACUGGGAGACUGAAUGGAGUGGGAGGUUUGCUAUUAUAUCAGUGUCAUAUAAAGGAAUCAGCAGGAAAGGAGGAUGGAGUGACUGUUGGUUUGGAUUCAGUGACAAAUCCUGGAGUCUGUUCUGCUCUAAUAAUAGAUUCACUGUCUGGCACAAUAAUAAAUACACUUAUAUACCCACCGUCCGUUCAUCCUCUAAUAGAGUAGGAGUGUAUCUGGACCUGUCGGCCGGCACUCUUUCCUUCUACAGUGUCUCUGACACACACACACUCACACACAUACACACAUUUAACACCACAUUCACUGAACCCCUCUGUGCUGGAUUUAGACUGUAUCAGAUGAACUCCUCAGUGUCUCUGUGUGAUAUUAAAGAGCCUCCUGUGAGAAUCAUCAGUGAUCCACACGCCGCCGGGUCCUCAAACCUCAAAUCUUCUGGGCUCAAUAUUGAACCGCUGCUGAAGUGUCAGUCUUGCGUCCAUGUAGCUGAUCCAGAUCAGUGGGUUCAGAUUGAGACACCGGUCUGUACAGAUGAAGGAGUACCAAAGUUCAGGAUCAGUACUCUGCCAGGCCGUUACGAGUGUGUCAGGACCAGGAUGCGAUGGGUCAGUGAUUAUGACGUCACCCUUCAGUAUCACACGGUAGACGGACACUUCCUCAACAAAGAGCUGGAGAGGCUGCAGUGCAACCGGAUCGCUCCAGUGAUGGACGUGACGGUGAUCUCAGGGAAACUGGAGGAAGUUCAUCUGCCACAUUACAUCUGUUUAGGAGAGUCUGGAGCUUCCCUCAGAGAUGCUGUGAAAGUCCUCAGUGUAAAAGAUGAGGGAAUAACCAUAGAACCAGUGAAGUUGACACGAUUCCAUGCUAAGAUUGUCAAACCAUCCUUCUCUCUUAAAACAUUAAUUAUAAGUUGGAUAAUGGGAUGGGAUGAACACUGCGAUCUUCUUCUCUACAUGCGCUCUAAAGAUCCUCUCAUUCUACAUGUCUACUUUUUUCCAGUUGAUGAUUGUGCGAAAGAAAAAGUUGAGAAGAUUGAAAAAUCGAGUUAUUGGAUCUUGCAUCCCAGACCUGACAGACCGUUUCGGAUGAAAACUCCACACAGUCUUGAUGUUCCUGGUGCUUCUGUCCAUCCCAAAGAAGGGAUCACAUUCAGAAGAGAAACUGACCCAAAUUUCUUCAAGAUCAGGAUCAAGACACGUCUGGAGAAUGAUUUUCAUAUGAGUCUGAUCAGAGAGGAGGACAAGAAGAUUGUCUGGAUUGCAACACUUGAGAAAGAGGAACUUGAUCAGAUUCAUCCACAGAGAGAGGAGUCACGUCCACAGAGAGACGAGUCACGUCCACAGAGAGAGGAGUCACGUCCACAGAGAGAGGAGUCACGUCCACAGAGAGACGAGUCGCGUCUGAAUAGUGAGGCAGGUAAAGCAAGAUAUUUUGACAACCACUGGCCAGAUCUCAUUCAGAAGGUCACAGAUUUUAGGAUUAUUGCAGAUAAACUGCGUCAGCAGGAAAUAAUUCAUGAGGAACAAUAUUCAGAAAUCAGACAGAGUUUAACCAGUCAGGACGGCAUGAGAACGAUCUGUGACAUUAUACGUAAACACAGCGAUGCUGUGAAAGCUAAACUCAUCUCAAUUCUUCAGGAAGAGAAGCUUUACCACUUUUAAAACAUUGGUCUGAUUCUACAUUUAGGGCUCAAGGAGCAUCUUUUUAAACUUAACGUUUCAAAACAGCAACCUCAGUCCGAAGGCUCGUCCUCUAGAAAAAAAAUGGUUUAUCAAAAUAUACUUGGUCAGCAAUUAAGUCUUUCAAAAUAUUAAGUGAUUGUAACAUUACAAAUAAAUCUCAGGUUUUGUAUGUCUAAGUUAAUGGCAGGUAAAUCUCCAUUGUCAAAGCAAAUUUAGAGGAAAAUUUAUAUUUAUGUUUAUCUAAAUGUGUAUUUCAUGCUUGUACAUGGUUUUAUACAUCAGAAAUUCACCAACAUUUUGAGAUAUUUCUUUUUUUUUUUUUCAUUUUUAGUUUAGUUGUUUUACAACAUCAACUUAACCUGUUAACCCGCACCUGGACGCCUACACACUGAACGCUCUUUUUUUGCACGUGUCAAUGUUUGCGUAUAGAUAAAAUGAAA